AUGUACGAUAUAAAACAGAAACUCCUAAAAACCGAAGAAGAAAAUCCCGAAAGUUUAAUGUUAAAACUUACUAUAAUGGUCUAUAAAAUUACAAAUAACCCUAUUGGAGUUGUAGGAAAUCAUUAUGAAGUUCACUCACCAGAACCUGUUCACUUACUUAUUCAAACCCAAAAACACCCCAAAACUAAUCAUAAUCUUGCUCGGAGUACAAUUGAUAAUUUCGAGCCAACAGUUAUGCAUAGGAAAUAUGUAGUUAAUGGCAGAUAUAUACUUCCUAGAAUGUCUAUUUUCUGUAAGCACUGUCAAGCUUUGCGUUGGCUAAUAGAGUCUCCAACCAACUGCUGUUAUAACGGGAAAGUUGUUUUAGCCCCACUAGACAAUGUACCUGAGUUAAUUAUGAGGCUUUUUAUACAAGAUUCUCUUACAACAGAAGAACCUUAUCUGAAACAAAUUCGUUCAUUUAAUUCUAUAUUUUCUUUCACAUCAAUGGGAGCAUCAAUUGACCCAGAACUUGCGAAUGGAGCCCAUGGCAUAUAUACUUACCAUCUUCAGAGAGCACUUUAUCACCGAAGUGGUUCGUUGCUUCCUGGUCAGCCAAUUAUGUUAAGACUUUUGAGUGGCCAAGGUUUUGAUAUAAGGCGUUAUAACUGGUCUACUGCAGAUGAAAUAGCAGUUUUGUUAAUUGAUAACAAUACUGACAGUGGUUAUGACAUUUUCCUCUGCACUACUCAAGGCCAAUUACAACGAAUAUCAGAAUGUCAUGCUGCAUAUGACCCACUUCAAUAUCCAUUAUUAUUUCCAUAUAGCCAGCUUGAAAACCAUCGUAAUCCUAUAAGUGAUGCUCUUGAAAAUGAAAUUAACCUUACGGGUAGAAACUCAGAUAAAGAAUUGAGCCAGCCUCAGCAGAGAAGUCAAAGAAGUCAAAGAAGUCAUAUUACAAUGCGAGACUAUGCUGCAUACCAUUUACAUAUACGUAGUCCCACUGAUAGCAUAAUACAUCAUGCUGGGCAUUUUUUUUAUCAGUAUAUUGUUGACCAAUAUGCCAAGAUUGAACAAAAUUGGCUUCUUUGGCAAAGAAUAAACCAACAAACAAUUCAUGCUGAGCUUUACCAAGGAUUUGCAGAUGCAUUAGCAAAUGACUUUCAAAAUCUUAGCAAUAUAUGA